AGCACAUGGGCACUUCCGCCAUGUUCCACCCAUUUCUACCCACGAUCCCUGGUGAUGCAGUGUGGCCUCGCGACUGCUCCUCACCACCAGAAGCUACUUCUCUGUCAUCUGAAGACAUUCCUUCUGGUGUGUGUCCACUGCCCUGUCCUGCACGCUGGCAGCAGGAGCAGAGGCCCAGGAAUAGAUCGGUGACAAAGGCAGCCCCAGGAUGGAAAAACAAGGGCAACAAAUAGCAUUCCGUGUAAUAUCUUUUUAGACUGUGUAAUGGACAGGUAGGAAAAAUGCAAGGGACUUCCCAGGGUACAGUAUUUUAAAAUGGACUUACUGUAGUCUUUCUGCAUUGUGAUAACACAUUCUGUGUGACAGCUUCAACAAUGAAAAGUGGACGUUCCGAAUGAGUGCAUUUAAAGAAUUCUAUGGUGCUGAACUUAGCAAAGAAGCUAUCACUGAAAUUCUGAUCAUUUUAUUGUUUUAAAAAUAUUGAGAGGGGCAAGGAUUACAAAUUGCAUCAUAGAGAAAAUGAUUCAGCUUGCAACCUAAAGGUUCAGGAGUUUUAUUUGUAGUCAUAACUAUUAAUGCCUUCUACUCACAAUAAAAGUUCUAUUAACAGUCUGCUGUGAGUUCUUAAUGGUUAUAUAUUAACACAUUGCUGCCUAGUCAUGCGCACACGAUGAGUCUGAGUGUGGCUCAGGAACGGGACUGUCGGGGUUUGUGUAAGCGCUGUGGAAUCCCAGAAGUCCAAAGUGUACUUCCCCGCCAGGCUGUGCCUCUGAAAGGCCUCUCUCCUGCACCUACAGGAAACGGGCUCCCGGUGGCCACAGUGAGCUGGCCAGCCGCAGGCCAGAGCCCCGAGAUGAAGCUGUGAGGGCCUGUCGUAGGCCAGGCUCUGAGGCAGGCUGGGUGGAACCAGCCAGGCGUGGGUCAGAUACCCCCACCUGGCUGGACCCAGCCCCGGAUCCACUGGGACGACCGGCAGGACUGAAGGCAUGAUGAGAAACCUCCAUUUUAGAGCCACUGUCAUAGUUCUAGGUCUUUGUUUUGCUGGGACAGUGGCAAAUCCAACAGGGAAGAGCAGUGGUUCUGUCAAUUCUGAAUGCCAAGGCAAUGAACACCUUCACACCAAUGGUUCCUUCCCUGGAGAAUAUGAGGGAUUGCAAGCAACAGCCACAGUCUAUGCCAGUUUCAAUUUCUUCAGAGUUCUCUUACGUUCUCACAUGAAACAAGAAGAGUGGAAAAUCAAACACCUGGACCUCAGUAACAGUCUCAUAUCAAACAUGACCUUAAGCUCUCUCCAGUAUGCACCUGCUCUGGAAAUACUAAACCUCAGCAACAAUGCCAUCUGGUCCAUCUCAUUAGAUGUGCCCAGUCUUGCAUCCUCACAGUUGAAACGCCACGGAAGCAGCUUCAGAGAUGGACUUCCAUUUCUAAAGGUGCUAAUUCUUCAACGAAAUCAGCUUAGUGACACCCCCAAGGGAUUAUGGAAAUUGAAGUCACUGCAGAGUCUGGAUCUUUCAUUCAACAGGAUAUUGCAAAUUGGGUUUUCUGAUUUCCACAACUGCCUGCAACUGAAGAACCUCUACUUAAAGAGCAACAAGAUAUUCAAAAUACAUCCUGAUGCCUUCAAGGACGUAAAAAACCUACAGGUCUUAGACCUCAGCAACAACGCUCUGACCACUGUCCUACCCAUGAUGGUCAUGGCUCUGCAACUCCCCCAGCUGAAUGUUGACUUGGCUAACAACCUGUGGCAGUGUGAUCAGAGUGUGACCCUCUUCCAAAAUUCCCUCUCCGAAUCCUGGAGGGAAAAGUGGAGUGUGAUUUGCAGCAAAUCUACAGGAACUGAGGAGGCGCCUGGGGAGACGCCUGGGGAGACGCCUCAAGGCCGGACUUCCACGGUGCCGCUCCUUCUUCCCACGGAACUCCAUCAAGUGAAACACCAACAAGGGCGCCGAGUGGAGCCGCGAGGAAGGCGCAUGCCUCGUCCCACUCCCGGCAGACAUGCGCACCAGAGCUCUGGCGUCAGCGAGGAGCGGAAAUGGCCGCCCAGAAGGGUUAGGGCCGCCCGGGACGUGCAGGCCUCUGACAGACAGGAGGAGAAUGAGGAGCACCAGGACCUGGUCCUGGCCGUGUGCCUGUCGGUGUUCAUCACGUUUGUCGUGGCUUUCAUUCUGGGGGCCCUCACGAGGCCCUAUGUUGACAAACUGCGGCUACAAGGAUGCCGGAACAGGAGCCCCGGCCCAGCCAGUACCUACACGAAUGAGGGUUUCUAUGACGACGCAGUGGCUGCCAGGGACAUGCAGCACUCCAGGAUGGAGCGGCAGCAAUCGGUUCACAAUCCAAACCUCUAUGAGAACCAGGAAGAUUUCUUGGAAACAGAGCCAAACACAUACCUCACCGUCCUUCCUGACAGAACCCUAGGGAGGAGCAACUGGCGGAGCUCAGAACCACAUGGGGAUAGCAACACCAGGGCCGGACAUACAUAUGACAGGAUGCUUCUGACUGGCAGUGUCUCCCGGGACAUCAAUCAGCAAGUCACCUCAGGAGCACCACAGCCCGUCUACGCGAAUGAUUUUCCUGGGGAUUUCAACCACGAAAGUGUGGCCCAGGAGUGUCUGCCCACGGGGCGCUCGGUGGGCAACGCUUCAGUAGCUGGCACAUCACAAGUGCUAUCCAGCUCCACUCAUGAUGUGAAUGAAUCUGGCCAGCCACUCUCAAAAGAAAAGCCAGUUACUGCCUCUCAAAUGCUCACACACACCAAUGCCCAGAGGACUGGGGAGAAUCAGGAGACGGGAAGUACUGAACAGUUACCUUCAGGAAUCCCAGGCUUUCCAGUGGAAUUCUCUAAGGAAACGCAACUGAGCUCUGACAGGAACUGGCUGAGCACACAGCAGAUCCAGGUUGCAGGGGCUGGUGCCAAAGCAGAUCUUCCACUCUAUUACAGUGGGGUCACCCACGGUGACCCAGAAGGCACAGACCCUCCCGACUUUCCUCAAAGAUGGGGCUAUGACCAGGGUGUCACUCCUGCCAAUGAGGAGCCAAUGCAAAAAUAUGCUCAUUUUGACCCUCAGUACAAUUUAGAAAGUGACUAUGACUCUGAUGAAGGAUCUUUGUUCACUCUCAGUUCAACAAGCUCAGAAGGUGCAAGAGAUGUGGCUAAAGAGGAAACACAUGGGGAGGAAUGCUGUGGGGUCAGUGGGUCCCUGCAGGACAAGAACUCAGGAGUUAGUGGGGAAAAUAUUAUAUCAGAAGGAAGUCUUGAGGAUACCACCACCUCCCAAAAGUUUCUGAGGAACUAUGAGAAUCACAAAGAUCAUUUCAAAAAACUUUCGAUUUCCUGUCCAGACUCUGGUUUGGGUAACACUCAUCUGGAAAGUGUCUCUGAUACCCAUAGAUUUGAAAAUCCACUAGCGUUGCCCAGCUCGCUGGGUGGCAGUCCUGUGAGUGGUGAGGUUUCAAGUACAUUCCAUUAUGAUUAUGACAUAACUCCUCAGCCCCAAGCAGUAGAGUGGCAUUGCUCACUUAAAGACCUCAUAUUUUCAAAUGCUGGAGUUCCCGCAGAUCCUGAGGAGGGUGACUGCCAUGAAAUAGACUCAGACUAAAAGGAGAAUAUGAUGCUUUCUUUCAGGGAAUAGACACAGCUCAAAAAGGUAUUCCUUUCCAGGUCACCACUUAAGACUUUAACAACAAAAUCCUCAAGGAGAUGACAUGGAUUCCAGCCAGAUGAAAGCUGAGACAAAUGUGAGGUCUGUACAUCCACUUGAAGAUUAUGAUCCCAGGAAAACUAAAAGCCAAGCACAGUUGUUAAAAUCCUAUGGUGAUAAAUCUGUUUCUCAGUGUCUCAGUACAAAAUGAGGAAAAUAUGGUGAAGACAAUUCUAAUAGCAAAGCUUUAUUUUUAUUUUACAAGAACUUCCACAUCAACCCAUUCACUAAGAACACAAGAACAGUGCAGUGAUGGAGACUGCAAUGAAUAUUCAGAGGAUCUGUUGUGUUUAGAAGAUGAUUUUAAGUUGCAUACGGAGAUGCAGACCCAUAGCAGCCUGGUGGGAGUGGUUCUCUCUGUGAGGAAAAGCUCUACUGCAACCAAAACAAGGAUCUCACCUUGCUAUCAGAGGAACUCCAGGGACGUUUUUGGUAACACGAAGUACUUGUGUAAAAAUGCUGAACAGAUGUGAAUUGAGUUCUGCACAAAGACUGGCACGGUGUUCUGAA